CUGCUGAGCCCGCGCUCAGUGGCCCCGUCAGGGAAGAACACGAACCAGAGCCGCCGAAGGGCCCUGUGGCCGGAGCCAGGAGGGAGUAAAGGUAAACAAAAGGGGAAAAGAAGCACAGAAGAAUGUCAGUCAACAAAGAAAGGAAGAGUCAUAGAGUUCCUGGAGAAGCUCUGGCUAAACAAGACACAUCUUCAUUAACGGAUGCUGUAGAGCAAGUUGCACGGCAACAACAAUCACAAACAUCAGAAUUUAAAAGAAACAAAAAAGUUCUGUUUGGUUUGCAGAAUGAACUUCAUGAGCUUGAAAAACAAAUAGCAUCUGUUUCUGCAGAAGCUAAAGAAAGAGCAAGGCAAAUUUAUCAACAAGAUGCUGCCAUAGAAAAUACCAAGCUUCAGUGUGGAAACCUGGAAACUCAAAUCAAAUCUUUACAUACAGAAAAUGUAAAGCUUAAAUUUGACAUAGAAGCAGCCCAAGAAGACUUUGAGGAACACAUGCUAAGAUAUAAUGAAUAUUAUGCAAAAAUAAAAGUACAUAGUUUGAGGAAGAUAGAAAGCAAAUGGUCAUUCAUGACUGAACUCCAUGAAAAACGAGAUCUUGUUAAAAAACUAAUGACAAUGAAAGAGGAACUUACACAAGAUUCCCAAAAUCCAGAAGAAAACCAGAUGAAACAAGUACAGGAAGACAUUACAAAGCUAAAGGCUCAAAUUAUAACUGUAAAAGAAUCUAUCAUUGAAAAAACUUGUUUCCUUGAGGAAGAAAAAAAUACCCAUGAAAAAUUAAGAAAAGAAAUAGAGGUACAAUAUAAGAGAUAUGGUGUAAUUCUUAAGCAUUUGCACUGUCAGGUAAACAAACUUCAGUCAAACAGAAGACAAUGGCAAUGGAACAUUGAACAACUGGAAAAAACCGCAGCUGAACUAAGAAAACGCAUUGGAAUGAAAGAUUAAUAUGGCCAUAGAGCAAUGUAGAGCACAGACUGCCUGCAAAAAUUAUGGGACACAAGGAUUAGCAAAUCCUUUGGAUUCUUAACAACCAGCAUUCACUGUCAGCGGUCUGUCUGAAUGAAAGGUGCAUUUUCUUUUUUUUAAAAUCAGUCAUCUGUUUCAAAGUGCCUUCCAACCCUACAAUUGAAAGCAGUAGAUAGACAAUAUUUAUGUUUACAGAAGAAUCAUGGAAGACUCUGAAUAUUUUGUGUGUAAGAUAUACUGUACUCAUGAAUGCCUGUUUAUAAACAUAUGGCCUUUACUAUCAUAUCAAGUAAAAAUUUAGAAGAAGAAAAGCACUUGAAUUUACAAUGAUUAUAAAAUUGUUAAGAUAUUUUAAAUGAUUGUUUCAAAUUUUGUUACAAUGUACUUUUUUACCACUGCCUUCAUAAUAGUCAUAAAUAUUGGCAUUUACAAAAUAAAAAAACAAAAAAAAAACAUGAGAGAAUGUUUCAGUCUUUUUCUGCAUUUUUUUUGUAUAUACUGACUUAUUUUAAAAGAAGACAGAAGUCAGUCAUCAGGAAAAUGAUGGUUUUUCCACCACAACCAGAUACCACCAUACAUUCAUCAGAAUGGCUAAAAUGUUGACUUGGAUGUAACACAUUGGAACGUUUCAUAACUUGCUGGAGGGAGUUUUAUGUGUUACAAUCACUUUGGAAAAGUUUUUCCCACUAUUCACUUCAUGGCCCAACACCUCCACUCCUCAACGUAGACAUGUGGUAGGCAGAAUUCUAAGGUGGUUCCUAAGAUUCCUGCUCACACACUAACUUCUGGUUAUUCAUACAAACCCUAAUAUAGGUGAAGGCAUUUUGUAGAUAUAAUUGAGAUUCCAGUUGGUUGACUGUAAGAUAGGGAGAUUAUCUUCAGUAAAGCUGACUUAAUCAAGUGAGCCUGUAAAAGAGAGGAUUCUUUCUGGCAAAAGGUUCAGAGUGUGAGAGAGAUUCAUUGUAAGGGAGAUUCAUUCCUACAACCACAAGAGCCCGAAUUCCACUAGCAACCUGCAAGAGCUUGAGGGGGGAUUCUUCCCAGAGCCUCCAGAAAGGGACACAGGAGUACAGCCUGGCUGAUACUAUAUUAAAGGCUUGUGAGACCCUGAGUAGAAAACCCAGCAUACAGUGCCUGGACUUCUGACCUAUAGAAACAGAGAACAUAGAUGGGUGUGUCCUAAGUCAUUAAUUUUGUGGUAAUUUGUUAUACUGCAGUAAAAAACUAAUACAGUUUUCAGUACCUGGAAGUGGGGUGCUGCUGUAACAAAUACCUAAAAAUGUGGAAAUUGCAGUGGGUAGAGCUUGGAAGAAUUUUGAGGAACAUGAUAGAAAGGCCUAAAUUGCAUUGAAUGAGCAGUUUGUAGGACUCCAGGCUUGGAGGCUGCUGCCAGUGAGAGCUCAGAAGGGAGACAGGAACAUGUUUUGGGAAACUGGAGGAAGUAGUUCCUUGCUGUAAAGUGUCAAAAAGCUUAACAGAAGUGUCUUUUGCAUGGUGUGUUAGUUAUUAACUUGGAUAUUUAGCUGAGGAGAUUUUCAGUGAAAAGGUUAGAGGUGCAGCCUGAGUUUUUGCUGCU